AUGGCCCUCCAAAGAAAUCUCUCAUUCAUUAUGAUAAUGAUUUGUGUUGUGGCUUGUUAUAGUGAGGACCCACUUAGUUCAAUUGUUGAGGAUUCUCCAUAUGUAUAUGAUGGUGUAAUAUUCAAGGACUUUAUUAAGCAAAUAGUAGAUCCUGUUUUGAGCUUAGAGAGCAAGUUGGGAAGCCUUUCUCCUUCCUCAGUUAAAACCUUUAAUGUUGAUGAAUAUGGAGCUCAAGGAGAUGGUAAAAAUGAUGACACACAGGCAUUCAAGAAAGUUUGGGAAGCAGCAUGUUCUUCUAAGGGAUCAGUUCUUGUGGUGGCUCAAAAGAAUUAUCUUCUAAAGCCAUUCACAUUCUCUGGUCCUUGCAAAUCCAACAAUAUAGCUGUUCAGAUCUCUGGAAGCCUUGUAGCAUCAGAUAAUCCAUCUGAUUACAACCAAGAUCCCUCACACUGGCUUAUGUUUGAUAGUGUUCACAAAUUAACUGUUAAGGGUGGUGGAACCAUUGAUGGAAAUGGAAAUAUUUGGUGGCAAAACUCAUGCAAAAAGAACAAAAAGCUGCCUUGCAAAAAUGCCCCUACGGCACUGACUUUGUACAAGUGCAACAACUUGGUAGUUGAUGAUUUGACUAUAAAAAAUGGGCAGCAAAUUCAUCUUCAGUUCCAAGAUUCUUCCAAUGUUAGAGCUUCUGGUCUCAAUGUGAGGUCGCCUGAGGAUAGUCCAAACACCGAUGGAAUUCAUGUCACCAAUACUGAAAACAUCCAAAUCUCAAGCUCCUUUAUAGGAACCGGUGAUGAUUGUAUAUCAAUUGUAGAUGGAACCAAGAAUCUACAUGCUACAGACAUAACCUGUGGACCAGGCCAUGGUAUCAGCAUUGGAAGUUUAGGGGAAGAUGGUUCGAAGCAAUUUGUUUCAGGAAUAACAGUAAAAGGAGUUAAUAUUUCGGGUACUAGUAAUGGAGUGAGAAUCAAGACAUGGCAAGGAGGAUCAGGAAGUGCAAGCAACAUCAAAUUUCAGAAUAUUCAAAUGAAAAAUGUGACCAAUCCUAUAAUAAUAGAUCAGAACUACUGUGAUCAAGAUAAUCCAUGCCAAGAACAGAAAUCUGCAGUUCAGAUAAGGAAUGUGUUGUACCAGAACAUAAAAGGAACAAGUGCUUCUGAUGUGGCUAUGGAAUUCAAUUGCAGCAAGAACUUUCCAUGUCAGGGGAUAGUAUUGCAAAACAUAGACCUGCAACUUGAAGGCGGAGGAGAGGCUAAGGCUUCAUGCAGCAAUGUUAUAUUGUCAUACAAAGGAAAUGUUAAACCUCGUUGCGAUUACAUUGAACAAGUGUAUGAAGAUGGUGGAUUUGGAAGCACUUAUAUAUAA